AUGAUGAUCUACGAAUAUAAUGGUAAUUUGCAGGUCUUUGAACGUCGGCAACGUGAUGAGGAGAUCGGUGUCAUUCUCCAAAGUGGCCAACACCACCACCAACCGCUACUGCUGCCACCGGACCUUGAUCCAGAACUUGAAGUGGAAAAUGAUGAAGAUAAAGCGGAAGAUCAAGAUGAUGUGUUGUUCGGUGAGAGGUUGGGCCA